ACAUUCAAACGUACCAACAGCAACGACUCAGUUCGCAAAAGAGAAAUACGGUACGACGACGACGUUGAAAGAAAGAAGCAGAAAGUGAGUGGCAAUUUAUUUGCUGAAGAAAAAACAAAAUUGUGUAUCGUUGCUCACUUUUUUCGGCUUGAUACAAAGCUCAUGUCUUCAGUAUGAUUUGAGCCGCACAUGCAGUCAAUGCGAAACCAAAACUCACGCGGGAUGUAAAUCAAAAAUACCGAUCAAGUGACCAGUGUUCGAACUGUUCCAACAAAUACUAUUAGGAACGUUGGAUUUUCAGUCAAAUUCAACCGUUUCUUCUUUGUUCAAAUUUAGAACUUUUCUACGAAUUUUCACAAUUUGUUUUUCCGCAAAUUUUUUCAUUACAAACAAUUGACAAAAUAUUUGAAUUGGAUCCUCUGGGAACAAUAACGAACGUAAAUUAUAAAAAAAAAUUCGACAAUUUUUAAGUGCAUGAAUUUUGUGAUUGGUUUUCACGAAUUGAAAACGGAAGUGCAGAAUCAUUCAUUGGUGACGAAAAAGGGAGGCCCACUGGAUUUAUAUUAAAUAAGCCGCUUUGGACGUGGGCAACUGUGAUAGCCGCGGCAAAAGAAAGUGUCGAAUCAGUCUAAGUUUUGUGCAAUAUGAAAAUAUCAAAGAGCUGAUUCACUCAGGAUGACUUCUGUUAACCAAAAACUCUGAAUCAUCACUACGGGUUUUUUUUUCUUCUGAGUUGUUCAUUUAUUUUUUUCUGCAACAAAAAUCGUGAUCACUAUCAUCAUCGGCGACGACCAAAAAGUAUAAAACCGAUGGAUAUCACACAGUGAUGGGAAAACAUUAAAAGUGAAAUUGAAAAUUAAAAUGAAUUGAUUGAAUAAGAAGUGAAUCAAACAUUAAAUUGAUUAAAUUGAUUGAUUGGUCCUAAUUUAUGCAUCGAUUGUCAUAUAAACUGGAUUAACUGGGAGCUAAUAGCCGUGAUCGUUUCGCAAAUGCACAUUAGUGUCGUUGUUCGCUCUAAAUGAAAUCAAAAACCUGAUCCAAACGCCCAAUCGCAGUACACGUGAGAGCGUCCACAUCGCGCACGAGAGAGUUCAGAUCGAGUGGAAAGAUAUCGUGAAAAUUAGCCGAUUUACAUUGCCCCCCCUCCCCCCGAACAGAACAAAUUACAACGUAUCAACGCACAAGAUAAACACCUAAACACGGAUCACAAUGAAACAAUUGCUACGUCUUUUAACAGCUUUAAUGCUGUUCUUUGGAUUAUGCCACAUUGUUAGCGCACAACGUCGCGGAUCAACAAGAUUCAUUUCUAGUCCAGAUGAGCUUACAGAAUGGGAUAGCCACAAAAUGGCAUCAGACAGCAUAAGCAGAGCAGAUGUAGUGUUCCAUGAUAAUGCACAGUCGACGAGGCGCGGUCGCUAUCGAACGAAAACUGAAAGACCAACAAUGUCGUCAUCAUCACCAUCACCAUCACCGUCAGUGACAGUAUCAGACGAUAUAGUCGCAGACUUGAAAACAGCCAAAGUGCCGGUAUAUCGAGUGCGUGGCCGAAAUAGAAGCUACAAACAGUACACGGAAAACGAAAAAAAUUUAACCGAAACAACAACAGCCAAAGCGAGCGGUGAAAGUAGCAAUCGAACGGUACGCCGAAAAUCAUAUCAAUCGAAUAAACAACGUACAAUCACACGUAACGAAAAUCAAUCAAUUGAAACAAAUCAAAACAAGCAGAAAGAAGCAGUGUCAUCGACGCCUUAUCACGCAACGCAAACCACUUCUAGUCGCAAAUAUCAAACGGAAUCGGAAUCAAAAUCAACAACCGAAUUGCCAUCAAAUCAUCAACCGGAAAAUCAUCGUAAAACCUAUGGUGAUGUGGCAGCUACAAGAAAAUCACCAACUGGACGACGAUAUCGGAUUCGCGUUGUUGAUGCCAAUUCAAUCAAUGCCAAUGCGGACACAGCGGAAAGUGAAAAGAAGGCGAUGUCAUUGUCAUCAACGACAGCGGCUGAUGAUGUGAAAACAAAAGCAAAAAAGCCAGACCGUGACGCUGUUGAUGAAGAGCUAAACUAUCCCGAGCACUUUAAAGCGUUGUUGAAAUCGAAAAAAUCCACGGCAGCACCAUAUCAAGUUGGCUCAAGUCGCCCCAAUAAUUUUGUGUCGAAAAAACAAAUCGCUUCGUCAACAGUUGUACCAACUGAACAAACAUCCACAAUACGACCGACGUAUAAGCAUAAGAAGAUCGAACGACCGAAUUUGAAGCUACUUUUCCCUUCGUUACAUACAUCCACCGGCACAACGACGACUGAAUCUACGACUGCUGCAUCCACAGCCAUUGAAACUGAUCAAACAGCAACUGAUGAAUUCAAUACCGAAACUAACGAACCAUCGGACGUAACCAGCACAACGGUUAAGAUCAAAACUACAGUCAACAAACAAAUCGGUGGUUCGAAAUUUAGCUCAAAAAUCCGAACCGAUGGUGGAGUUUCACUGGCUGCGUUCAGACCGCGAUCGACACCUUUGGUUUUUGAAACAUUGAAGAGCACGACACAACGAUCCACUGGUAAACCAGAUGUGUUGACCCCAAAUCAUCGACUCUCUACUGGACCCGUUCUUGAUACACCGAAAUUCAGUGCACGUUACAAAAGUGGCGGAGAUGCUUCAUCAUUGGCUGCAUACCGAAAGAAUUUGAUGCGUGAGAAACCACCAUUCUAUACACCGACGACGCCGCCAAUCACGACACAAGUUAAUGAAAUCGAUUGGGCGGCAUCCGAUUACAGUUAUCACUAUAAUGAUGUUGAGCCGAUACACAGUGGUCUAAUGCAGAAUCCACCGUUGAAUGUGGAAACGUCGCAUCAUUCGUCGUCAUCGGUGACGGUGUCGAUAUUUGGCGCACUCUCCGAAAUCCUGUCACACACCACCGAAAGUCUAAGUUUUUUAACAUCAACCACGACCGAAUAUACACCAUUGUCACAUACGCAUAGCACAUUCCUAAGCACACAUGACAACCAUACCCCGACCCAAAUACAAAAAAUCCAUUCCGAUAAACCAAAAACACCAACUAUGACUGGCGAUAGCACCACCACCACAACCAACACCAAUAUCGAUUCGAACGAAUUUCAAUUACCGAUUUUAAAUGCAUUCGAUUCAAAUGAAGCAAUCACCAGUAGUAAAUCGUCGAACGAACAGGUAGACGCAAAAUUAAAGACAAGUAGUUAUUCACAAUUCAGCACCCAAGCUCAAAAUAUUGCAUUUUCAAGUACCGACGCGUCAAAUCUUAAAUCAAAUCUAAGUGAUAGUAUCAAUGAUAAUGAUUCACCAGUUGGUGUUAUUGACCAAAUGCAUUCACAUAUGAACCAUAGUAAUAGUAAUAGUGGCGGCAUUAUGAUUGUGCUAGCAACUAGUGAUAGGUCAUCGAUGCAAAGCAAUCGUACACCAUACGCAAUUCAACACACUGAACAACCAUUAAAAAUGCAAAUUAAUACGAUUUCCGAAAUGUUGCUAGACAAUUCUACGACACAAACCGAUGCAACGGGCACGGAAUAUGUGUCACAGUCAAGUACACAUCGGUCCAAAACCAACAAUGAUAUAGUUAUUCCCAUUUACCCAGUUUAUGCCAUUACAACCAAUUCCCCAAUCAUACACUCCCCAUCCUCAAUUGACAAUCAAUCACUUUCCACUGAACCUUCGACCAUUGAUCGUCCCCAACAAACGACGUCAAUGCCAAUUACAACAACAUCAACCACGACGACGACGACAACAACAUCGACGAAGGCAACAAUAACGGCUACUGUGCCGACGACGACGACUAUGACGAUAGCUGACCUCAAUCUCACUGAGACAACCGAAGAGCAUUCAUUGAAUUCCGUAAAUAUCUCAUUAUUCGAUCUUGAAACUAGCUACCCCAUAGUAAAUAAUGAUGUUAACUUAACUCGACUAAAUCAAAUGAUGACCUUUUUGUUUAACCAAUCCCCACAAGAAUGGGAACAGACAAUGACUAACACUGAACUUACAGUUACUGACUUGAGUACAAUAAAUGUUGAAAAUAAUAAUGAAGCGACGACAACAAUUGGCAUCGAAACCGUAACUGAGCCAAUCGAAAUGCCCUUCGCCAUUUUGGAUGAGCCUCAAACCAUAUUAGAUAUGAAUGUGACUGAGGCAAAUUCCGUUGAAAUAACAACGAUCAAGCCGAGUGAUGGAUUGAGCUCAAAUCUAGAUGGAUAUGUGCCUCGCUUCAUAAAUCGCAUUGCCACUCUUCCCAUUGGAUUUUUUAAGCCGGUUACUCUCAGGGCGGUAACAACAGUAGAACCAAUUGAAAAUACAAAUAACGAAAUGACUGAAGAAAUGACUGAAGCAACGACACUCAAAGUAAACGAUGAAGAAACAACAAAAGCGAUUGAAAUGCCAGAGAUUACAAUAAAAAAAACGCUGAAUAUAAACGAAAACACUUCCACACCGUCUCCAUCGAGGUUGAUCAUUGCAGAAUCAAGCUUGCCACAAGCAACUCCAUCGACAACACAGCAAUCGUUAAUCUAUCCAUUGACAACCACUGAAUUCAUGAGUUCAUCGGAAGAGUCAAAUCAAAUAACAAGGUCGACAGCACGGAAGAAACCUCGUCGCUUUGACUUUGUUGUGUAUGGCAUUUUGGCGAAUAAUACAGUGAUUCGAAGGUACCCAGAGGAUAUCUACGAUGAUGAUAGUGAUCAUAAUGGUGAUCGACAAGUACCAAUUGUUUAUGGGAUUUUAUCAAAUAGCACCGUGCUACGCAAAUAUCCAAAUGGCACAACAACAAUCGAUGAAAAACGAAGUAGUCGUACAUUUGAGAUAACAAACAUCGAUCCGAUUAGUUUAUAUGAUCCAAAUAGUGCCGUUUACACGCAAAUGACAUCCAGCGUUCAGGAUCAAGCGUCAAACAGCGUUGUCGUCGAUUCUAAUCCAAAUAAUCAAAUGCGUAUGCACAAGAGCACAUUUAACUCAAAUAAUCUAAAUACCACUUCAGCUAUCAUCUCCAAUAAUAAUAACGCUAACAGCAUCACUGCGCCACCAACGAGCGCGGAACAGUUGGGUGAAUACUUGCGUAAAGCAAACAAUAGUAAGGUGCAAACAAAAUCGGAAAAUGUUUUUAGUUUGGCACCACCAACGCUGUCCGGUGUAAGUGGGUUCGGUUCGAAGUAUCGGCCCAUCUCACUUGACGACUACGAUUCACUGCCAUCAUCAAACGAGGUAACAAGUAAUGAAUCAAGUUCGACCGUCGGCAACAUUGAUUCCGAUCCAUUUUCAUUGAGCGCUGAACAUGUUGACAACAAACAACCAUCCGUACCAAUAACGGCAACCAGCCCAAAAUCAAAUCGCGAAUACAUAACAUCGUUCACAACCACAACGACAACAACUCAAAAGCCGCACAUCGAAAAAGGGGUGAAAAUCAUCCGGGAAUUGGUUGAGCAGGCACGAACAACCGAAGAACCGGACACCAAUCGACCAAUUCAAUCGUUGACCACAACAAAGAGCAUUGCAAAAGAAAAACCAGUGACAACACACAAACCAAAAGCCACAUCAGCCCCAACAGUGCCAGCAAAUCAUCGACCGACUUGGGCGAUGGAAAGUACAUCGAGUCGUCUGCCAGCAAAUCAUAACUUUGACGGAAUGGACAAAACGGAGAAAAUCACGGAAAAUAUUGCCAAAACAACUUAUCGUUCAACAAGCCCUCGAACGACAAGCAGAGCAACCACAAGCAGUGGCAGCAGCACAACAACGACAACAACGCGAGGGGGAAAUAUGCGUUCGUCAACAACGGAGAAAAUGAAAAUAGCAAGCAGCACAGUCCAAAUACCAAUCAGUAUCAAUGAUAUUGAAGAUUUAUUGCAAAAUAUUCCGACAACAACGCGUCGAGUCAAACCGACAACCACCACCGUUCGCCCAAAGCCAACCACACCGGCUGCAUCAGACAAUGAUGAUUUGAACUUUUUGCGUCAAGUGCAACGUCUUUUGCAGCGUCCAACAUCAACCCGAAUGCCAAUUCAAACGAAAUCGACAACGUCAACUUCCGCAAUAAACACUAACCCUGGUACCACCACCACCACCACCACCACCAUCAGCAGCACUAGCAGCACACCGAAAUUGGAAAUUUACAUGUUAUCGAAAAAUAAGAACGAAAACAACGGGCCCACAUCAACUUUCGAUGAUUUAUUGAAUAGCUUUCAAAAGGAACCAACCACCACCACCCGUCGACCCCAAUUAACAACAUUUUCCGAUGCAGAUGAUAUUGCAUUUUUAAAAGGAUUACGUCAAAUUGCAGUUGACACAAGCACUACAAAAACAACACGCAAUCCGGACUUUGCAAAACAAAUCAUCGCUCAAUUGGGGCUCAAUCAAACAUCAAAUACUCCAGAGACGCCAUUGAAUGCGGAUGGAUAUCCACGAGUGCCGACUGUCAACCGGGUCGAAAUUGAGAAAAACAAGAAAGAUGUUGCGUCACUAAACACAGACUUACAACUGCUAUCCACACUGUUGGGACGACCCAUUUCACAGAAGGAUAUACCGCAAUUAUUGACGAAGCAAGCAAGCACACAAGCACCGACUUCAACGACCGCCCGAACAACAACUGCCACAAAAACAACCGUUAGCCCGAAAAUUAUACAGGAAAUCGAAUUGCUGCAUCAAAUCGCCAAAAAACCAGACCAACCAGCUCCAGAUAAUGAUUUGACAUCAACCGAUGAAUUGGCUGCCAUUGAUCCAAGCGAAGCAUAUGGAAAAACAAACGAUGCACUUCUGGCUACGUUGCUGAAGCAGCGCGGCAUUGGACCAGCUCACAAUAAUAUUCCAUUGAACAUCUACUCGACAACAACGACGCCUCGGCCGCGAUAUCAAACACCAUCGCGAUCGCCGCGCCCACUUCUCGAUGGGCUCUCGUGGUUGUGGAAACAGUGGCAAGAUACGGCGCCAGGUCAAGGAGGCUAUGCACCACAGUCGUCACGAACUCGCACACGAGGUGCGAAUAGUGAAACAGCGGCAGCAGCAGCAGCAACAGCAACAGAUAGUGGCACGAGUUUCGACCAUUUUGACGAUGGAUUAGACUCGGACACAUCAUCAAUACCGUUAGAUCAAUCACACACCACUAAUGGUAAUAGUGGUUUUGGUUUUGGUUUGCCCGGUGGAGGUGGACAGCUGUUAAGUGCUGCAUUGGGUGUCACGAAGCUAGUUACAAACUUUUUGGGCUCCGCUCUGCAGGGUGCAGGUAAAACAUUCCAAUCUGCGUGGUCAACACAGGCCUUUGGUUCAGCUGGCGGUGGUGGUGGUGGUGGCAUCGGUGGCGGCGGCGAUUACUUCCGAUUAAGUGGCUGAAAUCACACGCAAACAUCGCCAUUCGCUAGCACACACACGAAAACAAAUUGUAUUUACAUCGACAACAAAUAGAAACACGAUUUACUUGGUCGUCAAUUGCGAGCCAAGCAAAGCGGAAAUGUUGAACCAAAUGAC